GUCUCAGUUGUUGAAUCUUAUGUUAAUACAAAUAUUUACACAUGUUAAGUUUGCUGAAAAUAAACGCAGUCGACAGUGAGAGGACGUUUAUUUCUAUAUUGAUCCGUUUCUGUGGUUAUGCAUCCUUCUGCUUCUAUUUUCUUCUGCUUCUAUUUUUCCAAACUGGGAAAAACCUUCGAGCAUGUUCCACUUUUGCUAAUCAGUAUGGCUUUUCGUACUGCUUGGUUUAAAAAAAAGUUACCGUUCUUUCUAAAUGUACGGGAAAGUAUUUCCCUAAUGCCCUGAAAACAAACCUUGCAUCUCAUGAUUAACCUGUAAUUGACCACUAGAGGGUCUUUCUCAGGAGUGUCUAAACUCCACCGACCCAUUAACAGACUAUGUUAGUGAUGCACUAGAGCUUUGGUAUCAUUUUUUCCAGUAGUUUUGUAAGUAGUGCUCGAGUCAAAAACGUGUCCCUGAACAUUGUGUGCUACGUCAUCCAUUUCGUAUGAUAUGUUACGUCCUGCAUAAAAUAUUUUACAAUUUCCAAUUCGUACAAUAUUUUAAAAUGUAUAAGCGCUUAAGAUCCUGGAUUGCAUCUUUAACUAUCCAUUUUUCUUCUCUCCAAUUUUUAUUGUAGAAUAUAUAUUUUUUAGAUGGCAACUAGUCAAGUUGUUCUUAUAACUAUCCCAAUACCAAUAUGUGUUUACACAUAUGGAAAAUGAUUCUUGCAUGUUUGUCAAAACAAUAGUUGCUCAGCAACAGUAUCUGAUAACUCCCCCUUUAAAACAACCACCUACAGCCCUGAUGGUAUGUGAAAGAGGAACAGUCCUCUAUCUCUUGACAUUUUACACAGGAUAUGACCGCAGCCACUAAGACCGAGAGGGAGAUAGACAGGAGGAAGUGACCGAGAUAUUUCACAAGCUGCAAUGACCACCCAACAGUGGUAGAGACUGAGGGCACCUGGUGUUUGACUCUAAAGAACAUUUGGUUUGGGACUACAACUAGUAUGGCUUCUUGGGAUCUGUCUGUGACAGUGGAGGAGCUUGGCCUUGAGGCUACACCCUUCAAAGUUAGCGUGACCUCAGACCUGCGCAUUGGUGGUGUUGUGUUCAGAAUUGUGGAGAAGACACGUGAGUUCCCUACCAAUAUAAAGCAGGACUGGUCAGACCAUGCCCUGUUGUGGGAGCAGAAGCAGCAGUAGCUGCUCCAGCUCUACUGGACCCUUGAGAAGUAUGAGAUCCAUGCCGAUGUUCGCCUGAGCCCCCCCCCCCCCCCCCAGCACAAGCCCCUGACACUGGGCCUACCCAACGGGACCACUCUGAGGCUUCAGGCCUGCUUCUCUAGUCCAGUCUUCCAAACUGUUAUGGGGGUCUGUCGUCUGCUGAACAUGCGUCACCCAGAGGAGCUGUCGUUGUUACGGCCAGUGGAGGAGAAGAAAAAGAAGAAAGACACGGAGGAGGAAGUAGUAGUAUAUGAUCUAACAAGCCUUCGUAUCUCGUCAGGUCCAGCUCACACCCUGUCCAAUGGCAAGCCUGUGCACUUUGCUGACUCACCCCAGACUGAGGCUGUGUAUAAGAUGUUGUCUGUCAGCCUACCUGCUCCUGAGGCUAUCACCAAGAUGCCCCGUCCCACCAGCCUUGUGGACAAGGCCCAAGUUCACAGCAGGGAGUGCAGGAGCAUGACAGACUGCUGCUACACUUCAAAUACUACUGCUUCCAUGACCUGCAGCCCAAGUAUGACGCAGUCCGUCUGACCCAGAUGUUUUAGCAGGCUCGCUGGGCCAUCUUGUUGGAGGAUGUUGGCUGCACAGAGGAAGAGAUGAUGCUCUUUGCUGCCCUUCAGGAAAACAAACAAGAACUGUCCCCAAAGGGUAUUCUCUGUCUAUGACACAUUGCUUCCCUUGUCUUUCACACUGUUAUACGUUUGUGUGUGCGCUAUCCUCAGCACCACAUUGGUAAGGUGUCUCUGCCAGAGCCCCGGCUGAUGACAUCAUGUCCUGCCAUGGAUGACCUUGACUCCGCCCUUCAGUGUUUGGAGGUGAAGAUGGAUGCAGAGGAGAGCAGCGCUGAAGACAUGCUGG